AUGUUGGACGAGUAUGAUUUCGAGGUGGAACAUAGAAGUGGGUCUAGAAUGAGGCAUGUAGACGCUCUAAGCCGUACACCCUUGGUAGCAGUAAUAACUUUGAACGAUGGCAUUAGAUUGGCUCAGGACAAGGACGAUGGCUUAAUGGCAAUUAAGGAAAUUCUUAAAGGAGGUGCUUAUGAGGAUUAUUCGUUGGACAACGCGUCAUCCUGGUGCGAAGCGGCCCGAGAUGCUUCCUGUCCGAGGAUCUGCGGACCAGCUCUGCAAGGGGAGCCCGUCUGCGCCACCGAUGGUUACAUCUACCCCUCGCUCUGUGAGAUGAGGAAAAAGACUUGUGGCAAAGGAGUAAGACUGGCCCAAGACCAGGGUUCCUGUUCCCGGGCGCAGGGCUCCAAGUGUGAACAUCGGUGCACGUCGGAGCGCGACCCCGUCUGCGGAACCAACGGCAGGACAUAUCUCAACAGAUGUAUGCUGCAGGUUGAGAUCUGCAGAGUAGGCAUCGGUCUGUCUCACCUGGGCGCGUGCAACAACGGUAGUGCUCACCGAGAGAAUUGCCCCGUGGAUUGCUCCCAGGCUCCUCUUGACGGACCCAUCUGCGGCUCAGAUGGUAAUGUCUACAAGAACACUUGCCAGAUGAAGCUGCUUACUUGCGGCCAAGGAGUAGUAAGAACAAGCAAGAAGCACUGUCAGACAACGCGCCACUGCCGUGAGUCUUGCUGGAGGGUCGCGCGCCCCACCUGCGGGUCCGAUGGAAAGCUCUACGCCAACGCCUGUCGCAUGAAAGCUACUAACUGCGGAAAACACGUCUUCGAGGUGCCCAUGGCGUUCUGCGUGUCUCAAGAGCGGACGUCAGGUGGAGAGUCCUGCCCCACUGACUGCCAGGGUCAGAAGGAGAAGCUGGUGUGUGGCUCCGAUGAGAACAUUUACAGGAACGAGUGUGAGAUGAAGAUGCUCAAUUGCGGAGUAAGUAACAGGAAGAUUGUGAAGAAGGUUGACAUGGAGAAGUGUCGGUCAAAGAUGAACAAGUGCCUCAAAGUGAAGUGUCCUAGCGAGGCUGACCCCGUCUGCGGCACUGACGCCACUGUCUACACCAACCCUUGCCAACUGAAGGUCGCUACUUGCCUGAAAGGAGUGCAGCUAGCCCACUUCGGAAACUGCACGCUCCUACCGCGCGUCGAGAUGGACUGCCCACUAAACUGCGACAACGCUGUCGAGCAACCUGUCUGCGGAUCCGAUGGAAACGUUUACAAGUCGGAAUGUGAACUUCGCCGGCUCACCUGCGGCCAGCACGUGGUGGCCGUGUCAGCGUCCCACUGCCGCACCACAGCGCUCUGCCACGAGUCCUGCCCUGACACCCCGGCCUUCGUCUGUGGAUCCGACAACCGCUUCUACAAGAACGAGUGCAUUAUGAAGAAGGAGAACUGCGGCAAACACGUGUUCGUGGUGCCUCUCAAGCGGUGCCUCGCUCGCUUCCAGUACUCCGGAUGUGCUCGAGUCUGUCCUCCGGAGUAUGACCCUGUCUGCGGCACCGACGACAAGACUUACUCCAACAAAUGCUUCCUUGAGAUGGAAAACUGUCGGUCUAGGAGUUUGGUGCAACUCAAGUAUCUAGGCACAUGCACGGAGCCGAUAGCCGAGGAGCCUAAGAACUAUCUUUAUCGAUAG